AUGCAGUGCCUCACCUCUGCCCCCCAAGCCGUCCUGCUUCUCAGCCUGAUCUUCACCUCCUUCCACUCGGCUUGCUGGGCAGAAGCAAGCAGCAACAAUUCAGCUUUGAGCACCCACCAUCCAGACCCUGGCUUCCUGGAGCAGUGCCCCAGCGUCGACUUCUGCCCACAGGCAGCCCGCUGCUGCCACACCGGCGUGGAUGGGUAUGGCUGGAUCGCGGCGGCUGUCGGCUGGAGCUUGUGGUUUCUUACCCUCAUCCUGCUCUGUGUGGACAAGCUGAUGAAGCUGGCUCCAGAGGAACCCAAGGACUUGCAAGCUUGA